CAGAAGAAGUAACUAGCUUCUAACUAGCUGCUUUUAUAGCUCCUAACUUGCACAGACGCACUGCGAUUUCCGCGGACCGCGCGCGGUGUGCCGGCACACCGGAAUGUGCCGGCACAAGCCGGAUCGAUUAUGCCGGCACACCCCGGGGAGGCCGUCUCUGUGCCGGCGCACCUACCGGCACAGCGAGCUCGUUUGCUUUUCACACUGGUCUAGCCCACUAACUCGUGACACGGCGCCUCGUGGCACCCGCUUUGGGCUGCCGAGGGCCGGUUUCGACCAAUUGCAGCCUUGACCUAGACUCCUCGCACGGAUAUGGCUGGCGUCGGUGUACGCGCGCCUCGUGGUCCAUAAUCCGUUCUUCGGUCGCCUAGUGGGUGCCGAACGCUCGCAAGGGAGCCAGCUCCGGCCCGCAAGUCCGAGGCUACCUCUGGUUGGCGUCCCAGUGGGAUGCUUACCCCGCCACGGCUCUCCACGGUGAUCGCCACCAACAGCGUUUUAGAGCCGUCCAGGAAGGAGAUAAGCAGACUUGGAUACAUCGAGAUAUAUCUAGCCAGGUCGCCUGGUCUGGUCUCGGCUGCUCGAACUUCACUCCGAGAUAUCUUGUACAAGACCACCAAAGGUUAUCAAUUCAUUUGGAAUGUGCCGCUCGUCCGUUCAACGCCCAAGUUCGCGUCUACCCGAGAAGCUUCCAGCUAGCUCAAUUGGAGGUUGACAAACGAGACUGGCGGGUCCAUCCCGCCACCCGCCAGCAUAUGCUUGAUUGCACCCGUUAGCAUGCUUUUGCGAGUUUUCUGUUCUCUUCCUUUCCCUAAAAGCCUAGCUCAAAUGCCUUCCAAAAGCCGUCGGUCUCGUCAUUCUCCCAGAUUACAUUCCCACUGCUGCCCUGUUUGAGCAACAAUGCUAAAAGAUCAUGGGCGUACACGUGGGACCUGAAAUUUUGACGUCAACAAUAUGCUCCCUUAGACACGCACUUAUUAUAAUGCACAUCGGUAGGACUCCGCCCCCCAGAGGGAUAAAAAAGACCAGCAUAUAUUUGGGGAAUUCCCGUUUGCUACCAGAAUCAGCUCAUAUAAUUUGGUUUGCGAAGUUAUCAUGGGAUCCUGGGGCACCAAAAAUCUGCCAGUCACCUUGUUCCGCAACCACAGCGUUCGCCGCGCCAUCAAACCUGCGACAUUGCUUUGGCCGUGCUUACAUUAGAGAGAUAACCCAGGACCGAAAUGGUGCUAGAUGGACAUGCGCAUCCAACAAGCGAAAUGACGUGCGUAAGUCCGGAGGAUAUUUGGACACCAUUGCCCGAUCCAUGCAAUUGCUGACACGAUACAAAAGCUCCCUGAACGUCCCUGGGUGGUUACUCCUUGAUUCAAAGGACGCGGUUAUGACCAUCAUCAAGCAUGUCCAGUGUCAUAUAGGUGAUAUGUUUAUCUGCGUGGUAGUUCUGAACUGUGUACCCAGCACAGUUCACGACGUGUGUUAUACCGUGAGCGGUGAAAUAACCGAAGUCCUCGGCUACGCCAUUGCCCCCAACAUAGAGAAAGCUGGGAAUUAUCUCGGAACAUUCUGA